UGGAUAGCUUCAUUUAAUGAUUGUGUCUUCAUUUUAUUAAAGUUUGGAGUUCACAAAAUCUUGUUUUCACAGAAAAAGUGUUCAUGUUUGUGUCUGAGAAGCUGCAGUGUGUGCUUCCCCCGUUUAUAUAACGAUCAAACUGAGCUCAGCGAAGCGUCUCUGAGUUUGUAAAUAAACUUCCAUGAACUCGAAAGCACUUCUUGUAGCUAAUUCUCCUGUUAUUUAAAUUUUAGAAAAAGUAAUCAUGUAAAAUAACCCCCUCCCACCUCCUCCCACGCAGAAACCCAGCGUCCUCCGCUCCGACUAAACCAUAACAUGACAGAGCAGCACCUCAAAAAGGCCCCGGCCUGUGAUGUGUGGCUGCCACUCGUCGGUCCCAGUGAGCUGUUUGGGGGCCGGCUCUUUUUGUAAACGCCUCCACCCUCCCCUGCCUGUCAGCGCGUCUAAGCUGUGCCACUCACUGAACCACACACAGGAACAUAAGACAAAGCGAAGAGGAGCUAAAAAUACCUCCAUCAGCUAAGCGGCGCUGAAGAUGAUUGAUUUACUGGAAACUAGUGAAGAAAGCUCUAGUGGAUGUCCACUGAUGAGACACAGUCACUGUGAACUGAUGGGGGGGUUCCAUCCUUGAAGAUGAUCAGGAAUAAAAAUCAGGGAUGAAACUUCAGUUUCAGCAGAGAAGCACUCUUGGAUGAGCUGGUAUUUUGAGCCGCAGGAGUGCUCCUUGUAUGGCCACACCAGUGGAGGCGUCACCCCACCUUGGGGUCUGUUCUCCCUUUGGCCUUCAACCAUCUUUGUCUGGCUGGAAUGUGACAUGUGCGGUCUCAUGACCCGCCCGGCUCCCAAAAAUAAACCUGCGAGCGGGGUGCUCUUCUGCCUGAGGUGACGUUACAUAAUUAUGAGCCACCUAUUCUCAGUCCCUGUGGAGCGUGAGCUGUGGAAGGCUUUAUGAUCGCCUGGGUCACACUGGGAGGCGUUCAGAGGCGGCUCCAGGACGACGGGAUGCUCCAAAGGACCAUGCUGCUCUGGUCCUAAAGUGAAUCAGAACCCGGAGUCAUCCUUUUGCAGACAUGGGAAAUGGAAUCAAUAAGAUCCUUCCAGACCUCUAUCUUGGCAACAUGAAAGACGCUCGCGACCCGGAGCUGCUGGCUCAGCACAACAUCACCCACGUCCUGUCCGUCCACGACACAGCUGCACCCAUCCUGGAGGGCGUGACGUAUCUCUGCAUCUCUGCUUCUGACCACUCCAAGCAGAACUUGACUCAGUACUUCAGAGACAGCAUUGUGUUUAUCCAUGAGUCUCGUCUGAAAGGAGAAGGCUGCCUGGUUCACUGCGUGGCAGGCGUGUCCCGCAGUGUGACUCUGGUGGUGGCCUACAUCAUGACGGUGACCGAGUGCGGCUGGGUGGAGGCCCUGGCCGCCGUGAGGUCGGCCAGGCCGUGCGCGGGGCCAAACUUGGGUUUCCUGCGACAGCUGGAGGAAUUUGAAAACAUGCAGCUGGCCGAGUAUCGGGCCUGGUGGAAGGAGAAGUAUGGCCAGAACUCUUUCAAGGACGAUGAAGAAAUUCAGAGGCUCUUAGCUCAGAAAUCCUCAGACGGCAGCAUCAGCGUGGUGUCCAGCAGCAUGGCUCCGGCUCUCACCACCUGAAGGCUCCUCUUCCAUCCUCUCUAGACUUUUGACCCGAGCCGGCAGCACCUGUCUGCUUCUGUUCGGACCAGGAAAGCCUCCGCUGAUCCCGAGCAGGAUCAGGUUACAACAAAAUAGCAGAAGGAUAUGAAAGAUUAAAUCUGGAGUUUGCAGAGGGUCUGAGCUGUCAUGUGAUGGGGUGGUGGUGGGGAUUUUGUAUCGGCGUCACCACUUCUCUUCGCCGUGUCCUUCACACCAACUGUCAAAACAACACGCAAGGGCAGCCAAGCGUGACACCAAUAUGUACAUGCAGUCCUCUGGGUGAACGCACAUUUAGUAUCGCACUCCUCCCCGUCAGUUACGUUAUGCUGUGUCUGUGCCUAAAAAAAUAUAAGUUCUGUUUUCCGUGGACGACUUGAUUAGUAAAAGCGUUUAAGAACGUUUUUAUACUUGGACAUGCGAGUGCAGUAAGAUAGUGUGUGUUUGUGUCAAAUGAGCAUCCUGUGUGUUGUGAUGAGCACACUACUGUGUAAAGAAAUACUGAGGAAAAAGAAAAAGGAAUUUUAAUGUGACAGAAUUGACCAGAAAAGAAAUUUUUGCCACAUAAAGUUUGCAUACUAAGAUAUUUUUUAUCAGUUUUUUACAACUUCUCCAGAAAAAAACAUGUAAAAAAUGUAAAACUUUGCUAUUUCUACAAUAAAUGAAGCACUAGAAAGUUAAGUAACACUUAAAACAGACAGAAAAUGGAAAAAAAUGACCUUAAAGAUUUGUUCUUUUUAAUUAUGUAGCACAUUAGGGGAGUUUUAGUCCAAAUGUGAUAAGGGAUUAUGAAACUGAUGGGAAAUGUAAGACAUUUCUGGUAAUAACUAGUGCAUAUUAAUGUAAAAUAAAUGACUGAUGGAUCACUA